UGUUCUGAUAUACAACACAAAGAGUUGAUCAAUAUGGAAAGGCUAAACAGCUUUAGACACCUUAACCAAAAAUGGUCAAAUGGAGAGCAUUCCAACGAGCUACUUCAUGCUCAAGCCCACAUCUGGAACCACAUCUUCAGCUUCAUAAACUCCAUGUCCCUCAAAUCUGCAAUUCAACUAGGUAUACCAGAUAUCAUCAACAAACAUGGCUACCCCAUGACUCUUUCUGAGCUCACAUCUGCACUACCAAUCCACCCAACCAAAUCCCACAGCGUCUACCGCCUCAUGCGAAUAUUGGUGCACUCUGGCUUCUUUGCUAAGAAAAAGCUGAGUAAAACUGAUGAGGAAGGUUAUACCCUUACUGAUGCUUCCCAGCUCCUUCUGAAGGAUCAUCCCUUAAGCCUAACGCCCUUCUUAACUGCCAUGCUCGAUCCUGUUUUGACCAAACCAUGGAAUUACUUGAGCACUUGGUUCCAAAAUGAUGACCCUACGCCAUUUGACACAGCACAUGGGAUGACAUUUUGGGAUUACGGGAACCAUCAGCCAAGUAUUGCCCAUUUCUUCAACGAUGCCAUGGCUAGCGAUGCUCGGUUGGUCACCAGCGUGAUCAUCGAUGAUUGCAAAGGAGUGUUUGAGGGAUUAGAGUCAUUGGUUGAUGUUGGAGGUGGUACAGGAACUGUGGCAAAGGCCAUUGCUGAUGCAUUCCCACAUAUUGAAUGCACUGUACUUGAUCUCCCACAUGUGGUGGCUGACCUGCAAGGAAGUAAGAACUUGAAAUAUACUGGAGGUGACAUGUUUGAGGCAGUUCCUCCUGCCGAUACAGUUUUACUCAAGUGGAUAUUGCAUGACUGGAACGAUGAAGAAUGUGUCAAAAUACUCAAGCGAUCUAGAGAGGCAAUUACAAGCAAGGACAAGAAAGGCAAGGUGAUUAUCAUAGAUAUGAUGAUGGAGAACCAGAAAGGCGAUGAGGAAUCAAUUGAAACGCAGCUGUUCUUCGACAUGCUGAUGAUGGCCCUCGUCACAGGAAAAGAAAGGAAUGAGAAAGAAUGGGCUAAGCUCUUCACUGAUGCUGGUUUCAGUGACUAUAAGAUAACUCCCAUUUUGGGUUUAAGGUCUCUUAUUGAGGUUUAUCCUUGAUAAUUAUAAUGACAGCCUGUAAACAGCAAAGCCAAAUGUUACUUGGCGCUACUUCAAAAAAUAAUAAUGUGGUACUGCUCUCCUUCUCUAUCAAUAAAUAAAAGGUUUUAUUGCUUAUUAA